UAUAUCACAAAUAUUAUUAUAAGUAUAGUAAUAUUACACAUUACGAAACCAAAUUCGUUCCUGUUGCAUUCGAUAUUUCAAUUUUCAUUUUUCAAUCAUCUAUCGUACUGAAUUACUGCAAGCCGCAAGGCUAUUAAGUGAUAAAUUACGCCGACUUGUCUAAUCGUAUUUUGUGUCGUGUUCCUUAGUUAUAUUGUGUAUACGUCUUUACCUAAUCUAAAAGCUACAAAAUGUCCCACACCAUACUCUUGAUCCAACCAGGGAACAAACCGGAAACAAGAACAUAUUCCGAUUACGAGUCUGUUAAUGAUUGCAUGGAAGGGGUUUGUAAGAUCUAUGAAGAACAUCUGAAGAAAUUAAAUCCAAAGUCUGUGUCUAUUACGUAUGACAUAACUCAGCUGUUUGAAUUUGUUGACCAUUUAGCAGAUCUUUCAUGUCUUGUGUACCAAAAAAGUACCAUGACAUAUGCUCCUUAUAACAAAGACUGGAUAAAAGAAAAGAUUUACGUCUUACUCAGAUGCCAAGCCAAUCAACGUCAAUAAACAGUAUGAAUUUAAUGGAAUGUUUUAUAAUAAUAUUAUUGUGAGGCUGUUUUUUUUUUCUUGUUGACCAUUUAGUAGGUAAAAAUACACCAACUAUAAUGUAUUAAUGUAGGUUGACCAUAAGCAGUAUACAAUUUAUUCAUAGUGAUUUGACAAAUGUUCAUGAUCCUCAGAACUUCCUUUACUUAAAAAAAAGUUAAUAAUUAUAAUUAAAAAUGAUGUUUAAAUAUUUAAUUUAAUUCAAUUAUUCGUGACUAUUCGUAUUUACUAACUUUGUUUAAUGUUAUACUUCAAUCUCAUUAUAAUGACAGUUAUUGAAUAUACCAAGAAAUUGUUGUAUGUACUAUGUACCUAAAUUGCUACAAGUUUUUCUAUUAAAUACGAGAAUACUACCUACAUAA